UGCAUGUCAGCCUCCCAGCGGAUGUUAAUAUAUCACCAGAGUGUCUGCAGCCUGACCUUUGGCUCUGAGAAGUUUAGCCGGUGAGUCGAGCUAAGCAGCCGCCUCAAAGCAGAGACACUCUCAGCAGGAUCCUACAUUUUGAAACAGACGUCAUCAUGAUGGAGAUGGAACAAGCGUCUGAGAGAUGUCCUGCACCGGGCCAGACUGCUGUCAAAGCUGGGCUGCCCUCCAGCACAGGAGGAAUCCUUGAUGACACUAAGUCCCGUUUCCACGGGGAUGGGGUUCGCUACAAGGCCAAGCUCAUCGGUAUGGACCCAGUACUCGAUGCACAGGGGGAUAAAAUGUGUUUGGACUCCAUGAUGAAGCUAAAGGGCUUAGAGGAAGCAGCAAGGAAACAAGGGAGACACAAGCUGAGAGUCUGGCUGAAAGUUUCCAACACCGGCUUGAAAAUUGUGGAUGAGAAAACUGGGAUUGUUCUCCAUAACCACGAGAGGAGCAGGAUCAGCUCUUUGACACAGGACAAGUUUGAACCCAGAGCUUUGGCCUACAUCUACCAACAUCUAGACAAAUACAUCCUCUUCUACAUCAAGAUGGCCAACCAGGCGGAUCCGGUUCUUAUUGACAUAAAGGAAGUUUGUCAGGCAGUUGACGACGAGACCUCACAGGAGUCUGCAGAGAUGAAAGACAUUUCCUUAGUGACUCUAAAUGAGAGUUCAGACUCUACCACUGAGGAGGCAGCUAUUGAGGAUGUACUCGCUCCAAAACCUGACUUAUCAGGACAAUCAAACCAGGCUUCAUCCACUAAUGAGCUGAUGGAAGUGUUUUCUAAACAGAUGGAGGAGCCUCUGUCACCCACCGAGAACUCUUCAGCUACCAGCCAGCCAGCAUCUCCACAGCCGACGCUCUCCACCUCUCAGAUUCUCUCCAUGUUCUCCACACAGCCAGCAGGGGGCUCUCCAUACGCCUCACCCACCUUUUCUCCCACCGCUAUGCCCUGGGCCCUGCAGGGGCCUCAGGGGCCUCAGGGACCUCAGGGACCUCAGGGACCUCAGUGGGGAGGUCAGUGGCCCCCCAUGCCUGCUCAUAUGCCAGCGUGGGCACCACCGGGCGUCACAGCGCCCCCUACUGGUAGCCACCCUCAGAGUCCGGGUGUGGUGACACCUCAGGCUGGGGUGAUUAUGGAAAGCAGCGCAGCAGGCAGUGCUGCUGCACGCAUGCCUCAUAAUGGAUACCCCACUAAUUCAAACAGUCUCAAUACGGCCACAGGAACAUCAGGAGCACUGGGAUCCCCAACUUUAAACAACCACUCCCUCCUGUAAAGAUCUGGUUUGAAUUUGGGAAAUGAUUGAGUGUGAAUAUCUGGGGAUAUGAAAAUGAGUUUCCGUUGUUAAUAUGCAUCUGACACGGUUACAAUGUUAGUCUAUUAACUCUAACAGUUAUCACUUGUAGAUGCUGAUUAAAUAACCACUCAAGUCAUAGCAUUUUCACAGUAUACACCUGUAUAUACACUUAAAUCAUAUAAAUACAACUAUUAGAACCAGCUUUAACCUGCUCCUCCCCAACAAAACUUCAAUGUCAAUGCUCAUUGUUAAUGUUUAUUUGAAGCCACAUUUUUCUUCUCUCUCUUUUUUUUGGUACAUACAGUAUGUAUAUGCUUUUGUUUUCGUUGGCUGUUUAGUCAACUCACUGUGUUUUAAAUUUUCUUAUUACUAGAUUAGAAUUAUUAUUGGAUAAUAAUUAAGGUGAGCUACGCUGCAUUGAUCUUGUUUGAUAUCUCUGUAAAGUAGCUUAAAAUGACUUUUGUUAUGGAUUGGUGCAACACAAAUAAACUGAAUUUAAUACAUUGAAA